AAAGUUCAAUUUGCAAGUGACGAUGAUCCAUUUAGGGAAACUGCUCUCUUUCAGGACACCUUGGUGUUCAAUAGCCCUUUCACUGAAACGGAGUUUGAAAAUCUCAAUCUGGACACUGAGAUUGUAGAGGAUCCCGAGCUUACAGAGGACAUGGCAACAGGCAAAAGUUGCGAGUAUGAACAAUAUGUUCUUGAUAGCGAGGAUGAAGAAAUGAGUGACAGACAUGUUGGCAAAGAAUUUCUUGAGGAUGAAACUAGUCCAACAAUGAAAAUUCCUUCGACACUCUUCCAGAAAAGACUGCCCAAGCCACCUUGUGAGCAAGUAGAAGCAAACACCACCACUUUUGGGAACUCUACUGCUGAACAUAAUAUGCUUGAAGGCGACAAAAGAGCUUUAGUUGAUUCGGACAGCUUUGAUGACAAAAACCGUUUAUAUCCACCUGCAACGCUAAGUCACAUUCAGUCACCAGAGCCUGGGAAUUCAACCCAGGCUGCUCUUGGCUUUGUGGAUCAGUACUUGUCGUCAAAUGAUAUGGACUUGUUUCAAGAAAUUCAUUGUGGAAAGACCGCUAGGGAGAAAUCACCCCAUGUCCUCAAUGCAAGAGGACCACUAAAUCUUGCCAAGAAAAUUAAAGCCCGAACUAAAAUUGAAGAGAAAAAACCUUUCAAAUGGGUGGACAGUUGCCAACAUGUCAACAGAGGUCGUAUGUUUGGUCAAAAAAUUGAAGCAUCAUCAAGUUUUGGAAGAUACAAACAAACAUAUGCGAGAAGAAGGAAAAAAGGUGGCCAUCUUCAGAGCCAAGGAAACUGUAGUACAAGUAAUACAUUUGAUGAGAAGUUAGGCCGGGGACCGAGAAUGGCAAUUGGAAAUAAUAACUCUCUAAAGGAAAUGAGUGUUCAACCAAGUUCUGUAAGAGAGAAUGCUAAUGUUUAUUCCAGUCUAACACAUGUAGAGGACAUGUCUGAUAUUGGUUUAGGCACUCAAAUAGCUGCUGAAGCAAUGAAUGCCUUAGCUUUAAUGCCCCCUUAUGGCUGCCAGUUCAAUGAUACCCAUCAACCAGAGAAUGCAAUAGACGGCUCUUUGGCUGAUUUCACAGAAAAUGAAAAUCAUCUGAAAAAUUCUUCAAAUAUUCAGAAUCCUAGUUUACAUUCUAUCAAGAUAAAAUCAAAUAAGAAAAAGGCAUCCUCCUCUAGAUUUAGUAAAUUAACUUCUAUCUCAUCUUGCAAGCACACUGACAAACAGGAGUCAAAUGUUGUCUCGGGCAAAAUGAAACAAAUUAUGAAAAGCAAGUCAGCAGCUGAGGGGCGGUUUGAAAAUAAUAAUAGUAUGCCAGAAUGCAGUAAACAUGUAUUGCUUGAAGAGGUUUGCCCACUGGGAGAAUAUACAAGUUUAAGACCUGCUGCCGAAGAAGAAUCCGAACAUAGGAACAAUGAGAGUAGACAUCCAAGAAUCAAAGAUCAACCAAGCCAUUGUACAGAGGAGAACAGUGUCAAGGAGAAGGGUAUUAAACACAAGAGAAAGGGGACUGAUUUAGUGGCUGAUCCAGUGAAGUUGGGUGCUAGGACUAAGCGUCUUACAUUCUUUUCCAAUUCAUGUAUGCUUGCUAAGAAAGUCAAGUUGAAUCAUCUGACCGAAGUUAGCCCACAGUUAUCAGCAACCCGCAGUUUUUCAUGGACUGAUUAUUGGGUUUAUCCAAAAAGAUCAAGAGGGAAAAGAAGGGGGGCUAAUGCGGGAACGAAUCUCAAUGCAUCAUCUGUAAUGUGUAUUGAUGGAAAAGAAAACAAUAUCUUCUCCACUAGAAGUCUAGAGGACCUGACCGAUGCUUCAUGUGUUGAUGAUGCCAGAUGCUUGUUACAGGGGAACUUUGUGCCACCAGGCUCAUCUAGUGAUGCAAUGAAGGAACAAAACUUGCCUGAUACGCACCCUUUAUUGUUGGCACAUGUUGAAAGAUCAUCAAACGAAAGUGUUGCACAAUCAAGAUCAGGAGUUCGAGCUACAGUUGUGCCAAGUGAAGGUGUAAAAGUUUCAAAUGUGAAGCAUUCAUACAUUGAGCAUCACAAAAAACUGUGUGUAAAAACCCAGCCUAAGUCUUCACUUUUGAAAGAGCUUACAAGAUUAGGAGUUCCUGAGUCCAUGUCAGAUAUGAUGUGGAAAGAUCUGAGACAUCAUAGAGGUAUGGCAGACGUUCGAGUUCUGUUUAGUCAGCAUUUGGAUGACAGUAUCAUUAAGCGGCAAACAAAGAUACUGAAACGUCUCAAUAUAUCUGUUGCAACAAGUUCAAUGGAGGCCACACAUUUCGUAGCUGACAAAUUUACACGCACAAAGAAUAUGUUGGAAGUCAUCGCUCUUGGGAAAUUAGUUGUGAAUCACUUAUGGCUCGAGAGCUGUGGACAAGCCAACUGUUUUAUUGACGAGAAAAAUUACAUUCUGAGGGAUAUGAAAAAGGAAAAGGAAAUGGGCUUCAACAUGCCAGUUUCUCUUGCUCUCGCAAGAGAAAAGCCACUCCUAAAGGGUAAAAGAGUUUACAUCACGCCACAUAUUAAACCUGAUAAGGAAGUGAUUGCAAGUUUGGUCACAGCUGUUCAUGGCCAGGUAGUAGAUCAAAGUGAGGUGUGUGCUGACAUGAAUGAUAAUAUCUUGGAUGAUCUGUUGAUUCUUUCUUGUGAAGACGACUAUGCAAUAUGCCACCGUUUAUUUAAGAAAGGAACUGCAGUUUACAGUUCAGAGCUUGUUCUGAAUGGAAUUGUAAUCCAAAAAUUGGAACUGGAGAGACAUCAACUCUUCAUGAAUCAAGUUACAAGGAGUACCAAUUGCCCAAGUGCGUCUAAUAGGUUUGGUAAGGUUUACAGAAGGCGUCAGAGGCUGAUUUAAGAGCGCUCCUUGUGCAAGUUAACAUUCUAAUUAAGAAGAAUCAAAUGAGGUCAAAGUUUAGCUACAGAGCAUGGAAUUAUUCUUUUUAGGGUGCAGAGGAUUAGUUUUAAUGUAAUGAAGAAAUUUCUUGUAUCAAAGAGUUUGGAGAUGAAAAGUUAGCAAGGGAUGCAAUGUGUGUGCUUGAUGAGAAAAUCUCCUUUAUUCUAUUCCAUAUUAUCUUAACUCAUGUAUAAUU